CGAGAUGAAUGAUAAAUGGCUCAGACUCACAUUCAGACACGCUGCAUGGAUAACAAUCCAACGUUAGCCUGACAGGACGCACAAUGGAUGUGUGUGAAGUGAUCUACAUGGUGAUGGAGGUGAUCAUUGCUGUCAGCUGCUGUCUGGGUAAUAUGCUGGUUAUUUUGGCCCUGUGGACCAGUAAGUGCAUUCAACAGCCCACCUUCUGCCUUAUUGUCUCUCUGGCUGUUGCUGACUUUAUGGUUGGCUGCAUAGCCAUACCAAUGGCUGUGGUGGUGGACGGAAAAGUGGAAACUUCAUUCCACGGCUGUCUCUUUAUCAGCUGUGUGGUGAUCUUGUUGACUCUGGUCUCAGUUCUGUCUCUUGCGGCUAUUGCAGUCGACCGUUUCCUCCGGGUGUAUGUCCCUCUCAGGUACAAAAGGACUGUCACACAGAGACAUUCUUGGCUUGUGGUAGCAGCAUGUUGGCUUGUUGCAAUACCACUGAGUUUUGCACCCAUGUUUGGAUGGUACAACCAAAAAACCUCGUCUAAGCCUAGCAUUCUCUGCACGUUUACAGCCGUGAUCCCCAUGUCAUAUCUUGUCUACUUUAACUUUUUCCUCUGCACCCUGAUACCGCUGUUGAUUAUGGCUGUAUUUUACGGCUACAUCUUCUGUACCAUUCGAGGAAACCUUCGAGAGAAACCAGGCAACGGUGUCCAAACACAGUCUUACAACUACCUAAGGAAAGAGAAGCAGCUGGCAGGAUCUCUGUCUCUGGUCUUGGUCCUGUUUGCCCUGUCCUGGCUCCCGCUCCACAUAAUGAACUGCAUUGCGUACUUAGGUGGUCCGAACAUUGUAGCAAGAGAAGCUUUCUAUGUUGGCAUUCUGCUUUCUCAUGCUAACUCAGCCGUAAACCCAGUUGUGUAUGCAUUCAAAAUACAGAAGAUCAAGACAGCAUACCUGAAGAUCUGGCGACGGUGUACUGAAUGUGGAGAAGAUAAUCAAAGCUCUCACACUAGCGGGACGACAGACAACAAUCUCAGCAACAACAGUGUGGCCAAAAUGACUGUCACAAACAAUGGUUGAUUGAUAAAAAGACUGUUGAGGGUGCUUAAAUGUUGUUUUCUUAUGUGAAAAGAAAGUAAAUUUCAGUAUGUGAAGUGUAUUGAGAUCCAAAAGCUUAAGCAUUAAUUGAAGAUUAUGUCGGGUUGUAUUGAUACAGAAACCAAAUCUAGCCGUGUGAAUUGAAAGAUCUGUUACAUUCAGGGCGUCUGUGUUCUGUAAAUGUGGAUGUACAUGAUUGUGUGUCUGUAUGUAUUGCGAAAAUUUGUCUUGUAGAGAGGAAACCGGCAACUUCCACUUGUUUUAAAAGCCUUCGCUUUAGACAGUUUCACAUCGCUAUCUUGUAGUUCGCAGUUUUUUCUGUCAAGUUUCAGUUCUUUAUGUUCCCUCUAUGUUAGGAGUUACCUUCCCUAAAGAAUACAACCUUUACAUUGGACGUAUGUGCCCUUGAUCGAAAAACUCACGGAACAGAACAUCUCUACAGUAAAUAAAUUAUAUUAAUAUAUUUGUUACAACUGCAUCAGUGAGUCAUGAGUCAUGAGUUAAUUAGGCUGUAUGUUCGUUUUUAAAUCUGUAGUUUGUGCUAUUGUCAUAUUGAGUUGCAGCUGUUUAUAAUAUUUAGUUCCCUUUAUGUAAAUGAAAAGGGUUAGAAAUACCUCUGAAAACAGUUCACUGGUCACAGUCUGGUUAAGACAGCUUUCAUGAAACAUAUUUACAAUAUAUUGUACCAAUUUUACUACUGGUUCGUAAUCACUCAUGUUUUUAUUGUUUUUUCUUCAACAAGAAAACAUACUUAGCAACAAAAUAUGCAUGAUAGAUAAUCAUUUAACGUUAUGUAAAUAAGCACUAUUGACAAUGUACAUUCUUUGAAAUACAUCACAGGACAGGCACUGGCACUUUUCUUUGACUUGUUAGCAUUUGUUUUAUUUUGCUGUCAUGUGUUUUUGAUGUUUAUUUUUGCCUUAAGUUUUGAUCUCAGAAAUUCAGGUGUCUCAUUAUUUUUGUAGAUAUGUUCAUAAGACUGGUUAUCAGAUGUGUACAGGUUUUUGGUUAGUUGUGUGAUAGCUGAGCAUUUUGUUUCGUUUCCUGAGUUCUAUAAUCUAUGUGUGGCUUUCUCCAAUAUGUAGUGACUCUGAAGAUAAAUUAGAGUCACCAUGUUUAUUAAAACUGUGUAUUUACUUCUUAUCUGCCAUAAAUAAACAACGUGUGGAUAUUUA